CGAGGUGGUGCUGAAGGAGUGCGCGAGCCCUUCCCUCCGCCCCGGAGUAGGAGGGAGUGAGGAUAAAGCCAGAUAGCGGAUCGGGCUCGGCCAGGACAGCAGCAGCAGAGGCCGGAGGGGGGCGAGAGGAAGAGGAGGAAGAGGAGGAGGAGGCAGAGCGCCUGCAAAGAACUCCGCCAAGGGCUGCGAUUCCCGCGGCGGGAGCAGUCCAAGUCGGUCUCCGCAGCUAUGCCGGGGGCGAGCGGGGCGUUGCGGCUGCUGGAGAGUCCCGGGGCGCUUUAGGCAGAGCUGCGACGGGGCCGGGUAGAAGAAGAUCGAGGGCGCCGGGCAGCCGAGCGGCUUUUCCCCGCCUUCCUUCCCUCCUUCCCUCCUGGAGCUGGGUCCCCGCGGGGAGGAAGACGCCCCCCCAGGAGAAGUGGGGGAGCCAGCCGAGCGAGCCCCGGGGGUUUGAGGAGGAGGAGGAGGAGGAAGAAGAAGAAGAAGAAGAAGAGGGGAAGGAGGAAGAGGAGGGGGAGAAGAGGGGAGGGGUCCCGUCCGCCAGCGGGCCCUUCGACCCGGGGCAAGGAUGAGUCUCUUGUCAGCCAUCGAGACCACCGCCGCCUCCGUCUACCAGCCGGCCCAGUUGCUCAACUGGGUUUACCUCUCCUUGCAAGACACCCACCAGGCCAGCGCCUUCGACGCCUUUCGGCCGGAGUCUUCCUCCACGCAGCACCCGGAGCUCGGCUACCCUAGCAAGAGCAGCGCCGAGCUGGGCACCUCCUCGCUCAAUUCGAGUUACCUAAGCAGCUUCCUCCAGCUGCAGAGGAACGAGGCCUUGAACAGCAGUCUAUAUAAGAGUGCAUCUCCUUACGGCUCUCUUAAUAACAUCGUGGAUGGCUUGAAUUCCCUUACAGAACAUUUCUCCGACAUUUCCAUAUCAUCGGAUGCCAGAAAGCCAAGCAAGAGACCUCCACCAAACUAUUUGUGCCACCUUUGCUUUAACAAGGGACACUACAUCAAAGACUGCCCACAGGCUCGUCCAAAAGGAGAAGGCUUGACUCCAUACCAAGGGAAGAAACGCUGCUUUGGAGAAUAUAAGUGCCCCAAAUGCAAGAGAAAAUGGAUGAGCGGAAACUCGUGGGCCAACAUGGGACAAGAAUGUAUCAAGUGCCAUAUCAAUGUUUAUCCUCACAAGCAGAGACCGUUGGAAAAACCCGAUGGGCUGGACGUCUCGGAUCAAAGCAAAGAACACCCUCAGCAUCUCUGCGAGAAAUGCAAAGUCCUGGGCUACUACUGCCGCCGCGUGCAAUAAAGAAACCCAUGGAGAUUUGGGUCUGCUACCACAGAUCCUGUGGCAUCAGCCAAAAGGGAAGGAGGAGGAACCGUCAUCUAAGAACCUUCAUCCGUCACCAAUAUUGCCUAACCUAAUCAUAUGCCUUUCCUUUAACUGAAUGUAACACUUUCCCUGUGUAUGUACGGACUCCAUACUACGGACAUACAGCUUGCAUCUAUAGGUCUAUGUGGUAUGAUGCGUAUUCCUUCCUUAAGGGUCUCGCAAAACAAGCCAUGCUUUUAUAUGGGUGGAGACCAACUGACCGCUGACUCUUGCUGGACUAUACCCGCCAUACUCAUGAUGGAUUUCUACCGCUACGGUGGUUUCCACAAUUGAUUGUUUACACAAUUCCAGUAUUCUACCCCAAGUGAACUAGUGUUGUUUGUCCAGAGAGAUCUGUAAGGUCAGGAACAUAUGCUUGGAUGAAUUAAGGGGUGGGAUGGGAUCGGGCAGGCAUGACUCAAGAUGCAUUUUAUGGGGGCAGUCUCUAAGUCUAAACGCUAUUGAUAAAUGCUUAGUUUAACUAAUGCUGCCAGCUAGAAUUCUUUAAAGCUAAGGUUUUAGGAGGAAUUAAGGAUGUGGUGCAAAUAUUCAGUUUUCUUGACUGUGGAGAUGGUUUGGAAGUUCUACUAGCUUGUUUGCUUUCCAAGAGUCUCACAGGGCCAUUGAAGAGAGGCUUUUGGUGAGCUUUAGGGUAUUUUUUUAAAAAAAAUCUGAGGGUUAAAAAGAACAAGUGAAUAAUUGUCUGAGGAUUGGUUUUCAUGGAAGCGUGACGAUGGUAGAGUGGGACAAGAAUUUGUCUUUCCUGUGUAGCAACUUUAUGCACGUUUAUGUCAAUGGAGGUCCCACUAAAAGCCAGGAGACCUAUUUCAGAACAAGCGUGCAUAAACACACUUAUUUUUAAAGGCUGUUUCUGUUCACCCUGACUUCCCAUGUAACCCUCACUUUUUUCUUUAGCUACCAAUGGUGGCUCUAUUUUCUAGCCUCAGGCUGCAUAACCGACAUAGGUAGCCAACAAGAGGUGCAUCAUUUUGUCUUCAACAGACAAAGACUUUCUGAAUUCUGACUCUCCCCUCUCCACUUGUGCCUGUUUCUCUACCAUCAUUGUCCCCAAACGCAUAAUUUCGGGUGGAGUUUGACCUGUUCCUCCAUCAACGAUUAAUGAUGAGACCAGCCAGAGUUUCAUCUUUUUUCAUGCUAUUCUUUCUCACAUGAAUGUUCUCCCAAUGGGUUGGACUGCACGCCCAUGUAAUCCUUGGCCAACUAGGGUGAAGGAAAGGAAUGUUUGAUACAUUUAGAGAAGAAAGACAGAAAUACUUCUCCCCCCCUCUCUCUCUCUCCCUCCCUCCCUCCCUCCCUCCCCCUCUCCCUCUGCCUCUCCCUCCCUCUCUUUCUCUCUCUCUCUCUCCAUUGAGCCAAAUGAGGUUUUAAAAAACACGGUAAGAGAAGUCAACAACCGAUAAGGAGCUGUACCAUGUCACAUCAGAGCAAAAUACAGUUGGAAGGGACCUUGGAGGUCUUGUAGUCUAACCCUCCAUUCUGGACAAAUGGCUGUUCAAUCUCUCUUAAAAACCUCCAGUGAUGGAUCUCUCACAAUUUCUGAAUGCAACCCGUUCCACUGAUUUAAUUGUUCUCGCUGUCAGGAAAUUUCUCCUUAAAUCUAGGUUAGAUCUCUCUCUGAUAAGUUUCCAUUCAUUAAUUCCUGUCUUGCCUUCAGGUUUUGGGAGAAUAAGUUGUCUCCUUCUUCUUCCUUCACCUACAGCUUGCAAUUUAUUUCAAUUCUUGAAGGGUGCCAUGACUUUUAGAACAAUGUGUAAUAGAAAUGUGUCUAGCAUCAAGGUUUAGCCUUGAGUUUAGAACACCCAGAGAUAUAUUGUAGGAGUCUGUUUACACACUUCCGUUGGCCAAGAUCAACGAAAUGGGUAAUCCCCAUGGGAUCAUAUCAAAUCCAGUGGCGGUCAGUUGGUACCUUCAGCUGAUGGUCUAUUAUGAUGAUUAAGACCAUUUCUUGAUUGCUUCUCAAUGGGAGUGUAUAAUUUCAAUUAGCCCUGAGUUUAGAACACCAGAAAGAGGAUAGAUUUCAUUUACUGAUACAUAACACGAUAUGCCAUAUGAUAGACCAAAAUUUCAUUUUCAUGAUAAGGUGCCCUCUAGCUCGACAGAAGGAGGGGUGUCCCACUUCAACCUUCCUCAAUUCUGGGUGCCAAUUGACCUCUGAAAAUGGUUUCCAGCAGGGGUGAAAUUCACUUACCUUCCUUACCGGUUCGCAAAUGUGCAUGUGCCACAUCCACGCAUGUACAAAGCCUUCUGCGCAUGCAGAGAGGCUGAAAAUCGUCACCAAAAAAGGAUAUCAUGACAUCCGCGCAGAUGGGCGAAGCUUCGCACAGUCAGCCCUACUAUAUCGCACGAUCCGGUAGGAACCGGCUGAAUUUCACCCCUGGUUUCCAGGGACCUAUGGAACUUAAAUUAAGGGUAAUUUUUAAUAAUAUUAAAUGCACAACUGGAAAAAGUAUUCUUUUUAACCCUUUUUAAUUCUUAGUAAAGGUAAAUCAAAUCAGAUCUAAUUCUGGUCCUUGGUUUACUUACAGAACAGAACAGAAUUGGAAGGGACUUUGUAAGUCAUCUAGUCCAACCCCCAGCCCAAGUUUUUUAAAAAACUCAGUUGCCAUUCAGCAUCUAACUUUGAUUCCAUGCCUGUCUUGGAAGGAAACAUCUCAACCAUGGUUCGUCCUACUGCCAGGUUUCUGCCCUUUUCAUCAAUCCAAGCAGAUUUGCUCAUCAAAAUUCUCCGGCAGGAUUAGGAGAGGUAGAAAUGAAUUUCCUGCGACUGAGGGGGGAAAAGUAGUCUCAAGUAAGUUCAUGACUGAAAAAUAUAUCCAUUCUUAUGUAUUAAUUUUACAGUGCAUUCGUAAAGUAUUCAAUGAGUCCAAAAUGAAUUUCCACAACUGUGGAAUCAGACUGCAGUAUAAUGAAAUUGUCAAAAGUCAAGGGGAACUGAAUACAUUCUGAAUGUACUGUAGAUAAUAAUAAUAAUAAUAUUAAUAAUAAUAUUUUAAUUUGUAUACCGCCCUUCUCCCGAAAGACUCAGGGCAGUGAACAGGCAGAAUAAAAACAGCAAUCAAAUACAUACAAUAAAAUAUCAAUUAAAAAACUUAUUAAAUUUAGCCCGAAUUUAAAUACCUUUAAAAUCCAAAAACCUAAUUUAAAAAUUUAAAACCCUAAAAACAACUAAAAAGUUCUAUGCCAGUCCUGCACGGGUAAAUAAAUAGGUCUUAAGCUCGCGGCGAAAGGUCCAAAGGUCCGGAAGUUGCUGAAGUGCAGAGGGAAGCUCGUUCCAUAGGGUAGGAGCCCCCACAGAGAAGGCCCUUCCCCUGGGGGCUGCCAGCCGACAUUGCUUGGCUGACGGCACCCUAAGGAGGCCCUCCCUGUGAGAGCGCAUGGGUCGGUGGGAGGCAAACGGUGGCAGUAGGCGGUCCCAUAAGUAACCCAGUCAUGGCAGCUUCAGAAAGUUGUUGUUCUAUCUAUAGCAAUUCUGUUAAGCAAGAGAAUUUUGAAGCUUUAUGACAAAGCUACCGUAUUUUUUGGACUGUAAGACAUACUUUUUUUUGUCUCCCAAAAGCGGGCAAAAAUGUCUGUGCAUAUUAUAGACUGAAUAUUGCCAAAGCCCCGCCCACCUGCCAGCCAUUUUUUGGCCUCCACAUACCCUGUUUUCGGGCCUUUUUUUUUUUAGCCCAUUUUCAAGGCUUUUUUCGGCCCGUUUUUGAGGCUUUUUUUUUUUUUUUUUGGAAAAAAGCCCCAGAAACAGGCCAAAAAAAGACUGGGAAAGGGCUGAAAAAAGGGAGGCCAAAAACUUUCUGUUGUUGUUGUCCUCUUCUAAAUUUAGGUGCGUCUUAUAGUCUGAAAAAUAUGGUAAACUUUUAUUGGAACUGUCCUGAAUAAUAAUUGAGCUUCUUUUUAAAAAAAAUUACCUUCAUUUAAAAUGCUGUUAAAGCAGCGGUUGAAGUAUUCUAGGUAUCCCCUGUUUGUUUCUAUAGAAAUCUAGCGUCAGGCAUGAAGACCAUACAUUAAAUUGAAGUUAAGAAGAUUCGUUGCUCAAGCCUACAGACAAGAAUCUAGUCAACACUAAAUUGACGCUAGAUAAAAUCAAUGGGAUUGGAUUUAGACUGUUUGUGGGAGCAUAAAGACUGUAGGCCAGAGGUGUCAAACUCAAGGCCCAAGGGCCGGACCAGGAUCUGACCCAUGGGGAAAUAACAGAAGACUGGCCCGCGGUGCCUCUGCCAGUGAAAAUGGAGCUCAGGAGGGCUGCAUGCGGCCCUCCCGAGCUCUGUUUUUGCUGGCAGAGGGUUUCAGGAAACCAUCGCAGCCGAAAACGGUGCUUGGGAGCCCGUUUUCUCUGGCAGAGCGCUCGGAGCCACCACAGGUGCCCCUGACAUGGAUGACAUAGAGUUGGCCAUGCCAACUCCAUGUCGCCCACUCCCCUCCCCUGCCAAGAUCAAACACAACCCUGAUACGGCCCUCAAUGAAAUCGAGUUUGACACCCCUGCUCUAGGCUAAUGACUCACUUAACUCCUCCCUAUGGCCCUGCCUGUUCUUGUACAAGUAGACGGUGGAUUAGGAAUUCGGAUCAGGCACUAUUGAACAGUGAAGUUAUGUUCUACAAAAUCAAACAAGACCAUUGCCAGAUCAUCAAGAAGAGUAAUACCGUGCUCUGAACUGCAGAUGGCAAGUAAGCAGAGUUGCCUUGCAUCUGGAAGAGUUUCAAGAUACUGGUAGGACCCAGGACUUAGAGAACUGGACCUGCCUUAUUUUGCCAAACCACAAGAGUUCAGCAAUGUAAGAAUUACAGGGUAAGGGUCUACAGGGUAAGGGAGAUAUUUGACAGAUCUAGCUACUCCUGUCUACCUAUUCUUAGUCUCUUUCUAUAAAUUCCAAGUCGACCCGUACCUUUCUGCCAUAGAACUAAGGAGCAGCAAUCAAAUGUAGCCUGUCCCAGCUAUUUCCAUAUACUUUCCAGAGAUAUAAGACCAUCCAAGCCAGCAUUACACCAAUGGCUUGGUAGAUUGAACUUGUUGAACAUGUUUCUCUAGCACAUUUGGGGGGAAAAAAUCUUGGCAAAUUUUUGCCAACACCAAGAAUUAUUUUCCAGAUGUACAGUAGUGGCCAAAAUUGUGGGAACCUUUUGGGAAAAGUGUGUUUUCUAAACCUAGCUAAUAAUAACACCACUUUUGGGGGGAAGUAGUAUCAUAAAAUUAUACAUCAAUGGAAAGAUAAUUUAAUCAAGAAUGUAAUGCAGUAACUUUUUUUUGAAAGAUUUGCUAUUAGAAUUGCAGUUACAGUAUAAAGAAAAAAAGUGAAACACAUAGGAAAAACAAGAUAUACAAAAAUUAUCACCAUAGUAAAAACAAGAUAUACAAAAAUUAUCACCAUGUCAGUUACUACUUAGCUGGGUAACCUUUAGCAUGAAUGAUAGCCUUACAACGUCUUCCCAUGGAGUGAACCAAGCCUUUUAGUUCUGCAGCUGUUCUAAUGUGAAACCAAGAUUGAAUGAUGGCUUCUAUUAACUGGGUUUUACUGCUAGGUCACUUCUGACUAACAAGUUUUUUUAGUCGGCUCCAUAGAUUUUCAAUUGGGUGAAGGUCUGGGCUAUUCCCAGGCCAUUCCCGCAGUGGAAUAGGAUUAUCUUGAAACUCCAAAAAAAAAAAAAAGUGGUGUUAUUAGCCAUCAAAUCUCAAAAAUACACUUUUUCCCAAAAUGUUUCCACAAUUUUGGCCAUGACUGUACAUGGAACACAUAUCUCUGACAAUUUCUUGUGAACAACGUUUCCUUCUUCAAAUCAACAGGGAUAUAUUCCUGUAUUGUCAUACAAAUAGUUGCAGCAUCUUGUUGUACAGUAGUGGAGUGAACUUCCUAAUUUAGAAAAGUUGCUAAAUCUGUGUAGGCUUCCAUGGAAACCCGGUGCAUCUCUUUAUGGGAGUAUUAUGAACUUUAUUAAUCUGCUUUAAGCCAUAGGUAGAAAGCUAUUUUAUUUAUUUAUUUUAGCUCCAAGUAAAUUUUCUUGACCCAGCUAGAUAAAAUUCAUUAGCAGUUGGGUCAUCAUUUUGCAUUGGAUCCAACGGUGGUUUGGAAACGACUCCUUCAAAUCCCAUUAUUGUCAGUGGGUUUAUUAUAAAAAUGAAUAGGCGUAGAUGAAUCCACGAUUAGACCAUUUCUGGAUCAGUUCUUGUUUACAUAAGCAAAUCUCCUCUGAUUUAACCAAGCUGAAAGCUUUCUUCUGCAUUGUUUACAUGAUUAAAGACUCAAUUAAUUGAGUCCAGAAAAAGAAAGUAAAGAUUAAUGGUAUUAUAACGUGUUUUAAGAAAAAAGAUAUAAGCCAGAGAAUCUGGAUAAUUAGACUCCUGAAGUCACAUUAUUAGCCUUUCUAGCAUCCAGAGCAGGAAGAAUGCAAGUGACGGCUUUUGAAGACUUGAACUUUAGCGUUAAAGUUCCUUCGUUUUUCUUUUUAAGUAGGAGUAAGAAUUGAAUAAUAGGAGAAAUACAAUACAAGUAGCCUUAUAUUAAACCAGCUGCAGGUUUUGUUAUUGUUGUUAUUGUUGUUGUUUGAGCACUUAUAAAAUAUUAACCAAAAUCUUUCUAGUUGUUGUCAUACCUGCCUACAUAAAAUUCCCCAAAGGUGUACUAGAAGAAGAAAAUGUAGAUGAGAUUAUUAUUAUUAUUUUCAACUGAUGUUAAAAAAUGAAGGCCAGUUGAGCACAAUUCAUUUUAAAUAGCAGGUGGUUGUUCUUAAUUACCUUAAGAGAAUAACAGAGUUGGAGGGGACCGUGGAGGUCUUCUAGUCCAACCCCCUGCUCAAGCAGGAGAUCCUAUCAUUGCAUGAUCUCUGCGGUUGAAAGUCCAGCCCAAACCGCUUCAUGUAGGUUUAAUAUGUUGUGCUCUGUGGUGGGAUGCUGCCAGUUUAACAACUGGUUAAGGUGAGCGCGCGCCUAAAGCGUUGGCGUGGAGAGCUGAAAAUGGAGCAUUCAGAAGCUCAGCUGCUUUCCUUCCAAGUCAGCAACAGUAAGUAGAACAGCAAGGAGGGUGGAAUCAGCUGUGCUGCAUGAUUGAGAUGAGCUAGAAAGCAGGAAAUAAAGGACAGGAUAGGGCGGGGGUGGAUGGGCGGGGCCAGCUGAUCCUUGGAGCUACCGGUUCAUCCGAACCGGUCUGAACCAGCUGAAUAUUACCUCUGGUUAUGCUAAAAGAGCUCUUCUGGAUAGGAUUCUGCAAUUUGAUUAAGGUCAGUGGCAGACAGAACUCAGAAUGUAGGUUUUCUGCGCGUGAGACUCUAGGAAACACCCUGACUUUAAAGACAGCUGAGAAAAGAACUCAAGCUCAUGGAUAGCAAGAAUUAAUAGCAGCGCUAUUGAUUGAACAAACCAGUUGUGUACAGUGUGAUUUUGAGUAUCUGUCGAGAUCGUUGCCUCUGGAAGGGUUGAUUUUAAACCAGAUUGUGAAGUUUUUCAUUCAGGGUUUGCAAAUGACCCACAUGAAAGAGCGGAGGGGAUCACCUGCAGUGGGGCAAGUGACGUCCUACGUGCCUUAUAUUGAAUUCCUCUAUCAGCCUUGUGACACUGCAAUUCAACAGAGAGUAGAUUCUAAUUCGGCCUUCUAAGAAUGUUUCAUGCCACAUCGUCUUGUAAGACAAGGGUCCCUGACUCCCGGGGCUGUGAACUGGGACCGGGCCGUGACAUGCCAGAAAUGGGGCCACACAAACAAACGAAGCCCCAUCCGCGGGAUGCAGGCAGCAUGCGGAACCACACGCCCCUCCAGUCCACCGGAAAAUCUCUCUCCGCAGAACCGGUCCCUUGGUGCCCCAAAGGGUUGGGGAGGGCGGCGCUGUUAUAAGACAUGAAUUUAUAUCUAGCCAAAAUUUCAGUGCUCCUUCCUUUCAUGUCUGCAAAAAAAAAAACCACUGCCUCUAGAAAUAUUUCUGUGUGAUUGUAGCGCUGAUUGAGCCUGACCGACGUGGUUAACUGAACAAAAUGAAGGCUUGUGUUUUCUUAGGAUAAUUGUAAAAAGGGACAAUCGUGUGCAGUUCAUAAAUGUAGUCCAUGGAUAUUAAUGUUUACUCUCCCUUGUUAUGAAAUAUUUUACAGUUUUACUUGCCGAAGUGUAUUUAUCUUGAGUUAUACUUGACAUAGUGUUCCUCUCCAUAUUUUUUUUUUCUUUUUUUAAUACUGUGUGUGUAUUUUGGAGAACUUUUUAGAUGUUUAAAAUUUUUGAAUGGCUACAAAUAUUUCUUUGUCAUACUGAAUUGUUAUUGGAAGACUUUGCAGUAACCUUUCUGUAUAUAUUUGAGGGUCUUUUAAAAUUACUAUUGUUAGUUUUGCUGGAGGCUUUUUUAAAAGUGUUUUUACAACUCUGAAGCUUUCAAAAGUUUUCUAUACUAUGAUACUAACUGAGCUAAGAGUUUUCUUAAGUAUUAUACAAAAUUAAGGGUGUAUCCUCAAGAAAAUAUUUAUGGAAGGAAUUUGUGUUUUUUUUUCCUUUUUUUUUACCGUGCCUUUGUCUGUAUAAAAUAUGCAACCGAGCUACAUUAAGAAGGAAAUAUUGUCUACAUAGAAUAUUAUAUGAAAGUUGAUACAUAAUUCUGACAAGAAAAUGAAGCCUUGCAAUUCUUUUAAGCCAUAUUGUUCUUCUUAUUGCUUAUAUUUGGAUGAAAAUAUCAGUAUUAAGUAACCAGUGUAUUAUUUGGGUGUUUAGAACUUAUAUUAAUAUGCUUAUUCAAUUUAUUUAUAUGUGUAUUAUGGAAAGUAUUAUUGCCUUUUUAGAAAAGCUAGGACUGAUUUUGUAAGAAUCAGGUUGUUGGAGUUACUUUUUCCACUUAAUGGCCUUGAGUGAAACACUAACAAUCCAGACCUAAGACAUGCAUUUGGGCUGGGCCUAAUGACUGCCACAUCUGCCCAUUGUCAGCAGAAACUCUAGUGCAAAGAUAAGAACUGAAGCGUAAAUGCUCUAUGGAUAUUUUUCACACAUUCCACUUAAACGCACACCUAGAAUCUUUCUGUUAAAAAAUAUAUAUCUUCAUUUCUGUUAAAAAUUCUGUUCAUAUAUAGCACCACAAAGCAGUAAAGCACAGUCACCAUGUGCUUUACUGCUCAACUGUUCAACUGUAACAGGAAACAGGAAACUCUUACUUAGAGCAUAGAUUAUAUAGCAUAGAACCAAAUUUGUAAACACUGCCAUCUACUGGCUGAAUAAUGCUGUAGUUGUUGCAUAGAUGUACAUUCCAACAAUGAAUUCCAACAAUUUCCAUAUCUGAGGAGUCAAAUUUUAGAAAGUAAAAAGCACACACGUGAACCAGAUUGGUCUGUUAGACAGUUAAGCUUUACUCUUCGUGGCAUACAGUCUCUCUUGAGGAGAACUCCAGGUGUCUUGUUGUGUAAGGUGUGAAAUGAUCCAAAGAGUUGCUGUUUCUGAAAUGCUAUAAUAUGGUUGGAUGUGUUUUUUUUUUUUUUAACACUGCAUCUUAGAGGUGAGCAGGGUACGCCUUGCCCUACCUAACAAUGCUGAAAACUGUUAAAGAAACAUUUCACUGAGGUCUGGAAAGCAAUGCACUCAGUCAUUGGCUGCAAACCGAGAGAGGGUUGCGGCGUUAUAAGCAUUUUGUGUUUAUUUUUAUUUAGAAUGCAUAACGUGAUACAGUAUGCAUGUUAGAAUCAUGUAUAUUAUAUGCAUCUUAUUCUUUACGGUUUCCCAUAGUUCCGUUCUAUUAGGAUUGUUUGUUUGUUUGUUUUAAACCCUGUUUAAAACGAGCUCAGGCCUGCACUGAGCUCUUAAUAUCUCUUACAAAAGUUAUUUAGAGCAGCAAACUACAAUAUAUGAAACUAAUGUCGUUAUAUUAAUUUCUGCCGAUUUCAAUUAGUUUAAUUACUUACUUUAAAAAAAAAUUCUAGCUGUACUCAUUUGAGUUCUCAGUUGUAUAAUUUUUCUCUUCUUUAACCGGUCGUUAACCUGUACAGCUUUUUUUUUUUUAAUGAAGAAAAUAAUAACUUUUCUAUGGACAUGGGCCUCAGAGAAGACAGGCUUAGCUCAGCCACCAAAGUGACAACUUGACUAUAAAAAGGGUUGUGGAAAAGACUGUCGAAAUUCUGCUGUGGAUUGUCCAUAAAAUGGCAUUCCGACAUGUGCCUUAAUUGCUGGAUAGUAUUAGCUUGUCUUUAGUGUUAUGGCAGUUUUAAUGCUGUAUUAAAAUACUGCAAACAAACAA